AGAAUACAAAGCACGAGCAGCGUCCGCGUCGCUCCAGGAGGGGCGGCUCGGGCGUGACCUAAGCGCCGCCGCCGCCAGACCCCUCCACCCUUCCUCCUGUCCCUCGCCGCCGCCGGAUGACGCUGCCGGGCUAAGCCCGUGUGGGCGACGGUGGCGGCGGGGCUUGGCUGGCAUCUGGAAGUGGCGAAGGGGCGCGGGUCGGCGGCGGCGGCUCUGGCAACCCUUGGUCUUGUGGCGGCGGCGCGCAGCUGCUAGGAAGGCUGCAAGCAGGCUGCGGGCCUGGAUCUGGGCCGGCUACGGGCUGGAUCUGAGUCGUCCCGGGGAGGGCGUGCGGCCGUGUGCAGGUGACUGGGCUCCGACGACUGUGCUCUCUGUGCUCCGUGGAAGGGUUUCGGCGCUGUGUGGCAGUGCGGAGGCGCUGCCAUCGCUGAACUCGAUGGUUCACAUGGGCAGCGGCUUGUUGUUCCCUGCGUUGAUGGUGGGCUGCAAGGUGAUGGAAGACAGUGUGGUCUGUGACAGUUGCAACUUCGGCAGGUUCCGGGGUUUGCCUUCAUUGGCAUCUGAUCUGAGUUCCGGCGGGUCAUGGGUUAGCCUGUGUUUGGUUUGAGGUGCUGUGGCCUUCUGGUGUUGUCUGGGCAUGGUUCCACGGCGAGCUGCUGAGGUGAGUUCUGUGGAAAGCUGCUGAUUUGAAGUGCCAACACAUGUUUGGGGGCUUGUCUGUGUGAUGAAGGUAGUAGGCGUGCGUCUGCCAUGUCACGGCGUGAUCAGAGCUUCAGUGUUGAGAGGUCUCUUCUGUGUCCAUAUAUGGUGAAGUCGGAGUCGCCGGUCCGAGGGAGCGAGGGACUGUUUGUCGAUGACGAUGCCAACGUGGCGGACGUGUCGGGUGCCUCUUGCAACUUGAUGGUGAUGGUGCCUCGUGAUUGGAAGUUGAUGUGAAGCUUGUCACCAGAUUCGAAGUGGCCUUGUUGGCGUGUUGGUCGAUUGUUUGGCAUAGGCCGGUGCAAGUUCUAGGUGGCUGUUGCGGCGAAGGCUCUGUUGGUGGUCAUUUGUGGUGAAGUCGGAGUCGCCAGCUCGGGGAGUGAUGUGUGAUGACGAUGACACCUGCGGGCAACCUCAACGACGGUCAUUUCCCAGCAGUUUGUGUGGAGUGUGUAUGGGUAGCCAGGUCGGCUAGUGGUGUCCUCGGGGCCAUACCGGUUUUUGCCCGGUUUUUCAUAAAUUAACCGGGCGUAGAAACUUCUUCUUUUUUAAUGAGACGAGGCAAAGCUUUUGCCUCCGUUUCGAAAAAAAAAACUUCCUGGAUACAAAUAUAAAUCCUGAAAGGAAUUCUGUGACUAUCAUCCAACGCUGGCUCUAGAACAGUGACCCAGAAGACUCGGUGACAAGUUGGGUGUAUACCAAGGUUGGAACCUUUCUUUUGAGUGUGCUUUACUGGCCUAAUGCAGCGUGAUGCUUCACCCAUGAUACAUCCAUAAAGGCCUAGUAGUGAUCUAUGCAUUGCCCAUGAAAGAAACACAAGUAACCCAUCCAUCUAUGGACAAAUUCUAAACCAACUGGGCACCACCCGCGGGUGGUGAUGCUGCUGGACUCCAAUUGCGCCAAUUUGCACGACGUAUCCCGCGGGUCUCCCCCCGGUGACGUGAGGACGAUGCGGCUGCGUCAUAACUCAUAAUUCAUGGCCCGUAGCUUUCCGUUGCGCAACACAUUUGGUUUGGAUUUGAAGAAUGCCAGGUGUUUCUUCACAUAUGGACCGUCUUCUUUAGAGGACAUGUUAAUCACAUGGUUACGAGGACAUGUGAAUCACAACAUGACACGGUAAUCUUUUCUCCGAUGUGAGAAGUCUCUUGAACUCAAUUGGUUGGUGGGUUAGCAUCUUGGUUCAUCUCCUUACGUACUCUGUCGUACCAGAAUUAUGUGGCUGGGAGUUUUGUGCCAUAGGGACUCUCAUGAAUUCUGUCCAUAGUUCCAUAUGGACGAGGGGGGUGCCAAUGGCCAAGUCAUUUCUAGAAAUUAUGGAACAAAGAGAGGAAAUAACCAAAGGAGAGUGGACCCUUUACUACCCAAUUGGCCCCCGAAUAGCAUGGCUGCGUGGAAUUGGAAUGAGAUGCAAGUGCAACACGCCCAACUCAACCGGAAUCAUAUGUGCAUUUCCAGUCGCCAAGACUUUGGGAGAACCUACAUUUCCGAUUCCCCCAUAUCUCCGGACACAUUCCACACAUAUCAUUCCGAACCGUCUCUCCUCUAUAAAAUCCCACAUAACCCUCUGCCCGAAUGUCAUAACAGCGUGGACGAAAUUCCCCAGCCGCUUCUUCGCUCGCUCAGUACUCCAAUCAGGUGCGGCUCUGAAGGGGCAUUUCGUCGAACAGGAUGAAUGCACUGGCAGCGACCAGCAGGAACUUCAAGCAGGCGGCCAAACUGCUGGGUCUGGACUCCAAGCUGGAGAAGAGCUUGCUCAUCCCGUUCAGGGAGAUCAAGGUUGAAUGCACAAUUCCGAAAGAUGAUGGGACAUUAGCAUCCUAUGUGGGGUUCAGGGUGCAACAUGACAAUGCCAGGGGUCCUAUGAAGGGUGGAAUCAGAUACCACCAUGAGGUUGAUCCUGACGAGGUCAAUGCGUUGGCACAACUAAUGACAUGGAAAACGGCGGUGGCUAAUAUCCCAUAUGGAGGAGCUAAAGGUGGCAUAGGAUGCAGCCCUGGAGAUCUGAGCAUAUCAGAGCUCGAGCGACUUACCCGAGUUUUCACCCAGAAAAUCCACGACUUAAUCGGCAUCCACACCGAUGUUCCGGCUCCUGAUAUGGGAACCAAUGCGCAGACAAUGGCAUGGAUGCUGGAUGAGUACUCCAAGUUUCAUGGUUACUCGCCUGCUGUGGUGACAGGGAAGCCUGUUGACCUUGGAGGAUCUCUGGGAAGAGAUGCGGCUACUGGAAGGGGAGUUCUGUUUGCUACUGAAGCCUUACUAGCAGAGCAUGGUAAAGGCAUUGCAGGCCAGAGGUUUGUAAUACAGGGAUUCGGCAAUGUUGGCUCCUGGGCUGCUCAACUGAUCACUGAAGCGGGCGGCAAGGUGAUCGCCAUCAGUGAUGUCACAGGAGCUAUCAAGAACAGCAAUGGCCUCGACAUCCCCGAGCUAGUGAAGCACUCGGCAGAGAAGCGCGGGAUCAAGGGCUUCGCCGGAGGCGACGCCGUCGACCCCAGCUCUCUUCUCAUCGAAGACUGCGACGUCCUCGUCCCCGCAGCGCUGGGGGGAGUCAUAAACAAGGACAAUGCUAAUGACAUCAAAGCGAAGUACAUCAUCGAGGCCGCGAACCACCCGACAGACCCUGAGGCUGACGAGAUUCUGGCGAAGAAAGGUGUGCUGAUCCUGCCGGACAUCCUGGCGAACUCGGGCGGGGUGACGGUGAGCUACUUCGAGUGGGUGCAGAACAUCCAGGGUUUCAUGUGGGACGAGGAGAAGGUGAACCGGGAGCUGAGGACGUACAUCGCCCGGGCCUUCAGGGACACCAAGGACAUGUGCAGGGCGCACCACUGCGACCUCCGCAUGGGCGCCUUCACCCUCGGCGUCAACCGCGUCGCCCGCGCCACCGUCCUCCGCGGCUGGGAAGCCUGAUUGCUCUCCAGCCGGGAAUGGGAUUCCAUUGGGGAUACAUAAAUCAGGACUCAACAAGAAUGAUUCCAAUAAGUCGUCCAUGUAUGUGUUGUUUUGGCCUCCAUCUAUUGGAUUGGACUCUUGGAGGCUGAUCGAUCGAUCGAUCUUGCCGCCGGGCGCUGUACCAUGUUCUUGCAAUUCGUAGUUGAUUAAACGCAGGAAAUUAAUGUAAUUUCGCUUUCUUGGCAAAACUUUUGGGUCUACCCACUCGUCUGAUCUAUGAAUUUUGGGGACUCGGAAUAAAA